AUGCCUAAGAAUAAGGGAAAGGGUGGUAAGAAUCGUAGAAGAGGAAAGAACGAGAAUGAGCAAAAGAGAGAGUUGCAGUUCAAGGAAGAUGGUCAAGAAUACGCUCAAGUAAUCAAGAUGCUUGGUAAUGGUCGUCUCGAAGCACAAUGUUUCGACGGUGCAAAGCGUUUGUGUCACAUCAGUGGUCGUUUGAGAAAGAAGGAGUGGAUCAACUCUGGUGAUAUCAUUCUCUUACAGUUGCGUGACUAUCAAGAUGACAAGGCUGAUGUAGUUCUUCGUUACACUAUCGACGAAGCUCGUAGUCUUAAGACUCUUGGUGAGUUGCCAGAGACCGCUAAAAUCAACGAAGCCGAUACCUUUGAUGAAAUGGACGGUGAAAUUCCAUUCGAAUUCGUUGCUGACAAUGAUGAUAUUGUUAUAAUCUCUUCAACACUUCAUUUAGACAUACAUAUACACGCUUCCUUAAUCAAUCCAUAG